AAUUCAAUUUUCAUUCACCAAAAUCAAACCAAGUACAAAGGCGAAAUAUGGAGGGAGAAUCAAAAUCAAAAUUCAAGUUUGGAGCUUGAAUUGUGAAAUAUUUCCCAACUCCCUUCCCAACUCCCUUCCCAACUCCCAAGUCCCAACACUACUUACCAGAACCAUGUCAUAUUGUCAUUCUCCCAUGAGUAAGUAGCGACUAACCAACCUUACCAAUACCCCAAAAUCAAUUGCUUAACAUAUCAAAAUUUCCAAAAACCACCAAAUUUCUGCUGCUCUAUCUUCCCUGAAACACUAAUCAAAACCCAAAAAUCCAAGAUCGACAUUUUCUCUCUCCUCUAGGUCCGGGGUGGCCGACCCUCCUGCCCUAGCUCAGGGACGGUUCUAUAUUCGCCUCCGUCUCCGUCUCCGCCGCUGUCUACUCGAGUUUCUGGGGGUGCAGUGAGUUCUUGAGCGCGAAACAAAUUUCAAAAAAUAAAAAGAAGCGCGGGAAUUAUUAUUCAGAUGAAGGGUGAGUUGCAGAUCGGAAGCUAACAAAAUUGGGCAGUUACGUAAUUAAUACCUCAAUUAUGAGGAGAAAUUGUUGAGCUUUUGUUGCUGAUUUGAAGGAGCAGAUCUGGUUUUUUGGGUUUGAAGGUGCUGAAUUUGAUUUUAUUGCUGAGGUUUUGAAUUAGUUGGUUGAAUCUUGGAGCAUCUUGUGUUAUUGGGCAAAUUUGCUUGGAGUUGCAGGUCCGGUCUCCUUGAUCCAUAAUUAGCACAAGGCAUCCUGUUGGCUAAUACAUUGAUUAUAUAUGAGAGAAUUUGAAAUUAAUCACGUGAAACCAGAACCAGAACUCAAUGGAUUUUUGAUCCAAAAUGGAGACAUUCACUCAUCUUAUUUGGGCCCACCAGGGUGGGAUGAUCUACCUGAAAUUUGUGAACCUGAAGACAAUGAGAUAAUAAAUGCUUUAAGCACUGUCCAAAGUAGCACCAGUGAAAUAAUUCAAACAUCUGUUGAAGAUACUACUUCAUCAGUACCAUCUAUAUGUCCGGCACCACUUUGUCGACAAUUCUGGAAAGCUGGAAACUACGAAGAUGUGCCAGAUUCGAGAUCUAAAGCUCAAAACAGCAAAAAUUAUUUGCAUGUUCAUCCCAAGUUUCUUCACUCAAAUGCGACUUCUCAUAAGUGGGCUUUUGGAGCUAUUGCAGAACUUCUUGAUAAUGCAAUUGAUGAGAUACAAAAUGGAGCCUCUUAUGUAAUUGUAGAUAAAAUUGCAAAUCCAAGGGAUGGAACUCCAGCCUUGCUUACUCAAGAUGAUGGAGGUGGAAUGGACCCUGAGGCAAUGAGGCGCUGUAUGAGUUUUGGAUUUUCAGACAAGAAAUCUAAAUCAGCCAUUGGACGAUAUGGGAAUGGAUUUAAGACCAGCACCAUGAGACUUGGAGCCGACGUUAUAGUCUUCAGUCGACAUUUUAACAAUCGGACAUUGACUCAAAGCAUUGGUCUCUUGUCCUACACGUAUUUGUCACGAACGGGCCUAGACAGGAUAGUUGUACCUAUGGUUGAUUAUGAGUACAACAUGUCAACUGACACCUUCAACCCUCUGUGUCGCCAUGGUGAAGAGUAUUUUAAGUCUAAUUUAUCCAUCAUUUUACAGUGGUCGCCAUAUCAAAAUGAAGCCAAGCUUAUGAAGCAGUUCGAUGAUAUUGGACCUCAUGGAACUAAAGUUAUCAUCUUUAACUUGUGGUUUACUGAUGAUGGGACAUUGGAGUUCGAUUUUGAAAGCAAUCCUGAGGAUAUCCGCUUGAGAAAUUCUGAGAAUACUAAGAAAAUUAAUUCAAAAAUGUUAAUAAGUGAAGAGCACAUUGGGAAUCAAUAUCGCUUCUCCCUUCGCGUAUACUUGUCCAUUUUAUACUUGCGGAUUCCUCAAAAUUUCUGUAUCAUAUUGCGUGGGAAAGUUGUGGAACAUCACAGUAUAGCACAUGGUCUCAAAUAUCCUGAAUUCAUUAUGUACAGACCUUCAACUGGGGGCACCAAAGAGGAAGUAUUGACAACAAUAGGCUUUCUGAAGGAAGCUCCUGAUGUAAAUAUCCAUGGCUUCAAUGUGUACCAUAAGAACCGUCUUAUACUGCCAUUCUGGCAUGUUGUUAGCUAUUUAGACAGUAGAGGAAGAGGGGUUGUAGGGGUAUUGGAAGCAAACUUUGUCGAGCCCACUCAUAAUAAACAGGAUUUUGAAAGGACUUCGCUCUUCCAAAAGCUUGAAACUCGUUUGAAGGAAAUGACUUGGGAGUAUUGGGAUCAUCACUGUGGACUUAUUGGGUAUCAGGUUAAAAAGAAAGCCCCAGCACCUGUACCCUCAGCUAAUUCCCUCUAUGUUAGUCCAAGUGAUGCUAGACUUAAGCCUAUUAGUGUGGAUAAAAGCUCAAAAGUGAGUCGUUCACCUGUUGGUCAGGCUCAUCCUGUGUUCAGUUUACCUGCUGGAGAUUUGUUAGCUGCUCGAAGCGGCAUCCAGCAGUGUGGAACUAAGAGGACACAAGAUGAUCUUUUGUCUUCUCUUGGAAGGGGCAGACGGCAAAGCAGAGUGGAACCUGCUCAUAGUGCUGGGCGUUCUAUGGAAAUUCAGCCUGUCAUUCAUGCUGCAGCGCCGUUGGGUCAACAGGAGGCUGAGGUGUUGAGGCAGGAGCACAGGAAACUUCGAGAGAGAUGCUUAGAAUAUGAGAAGUCUGAGGAAGAACUUAAGUGCAAGGCAUCACGGCUUAGAAUGGAGCUCGAGGAGGCACAGCAAGAGUAUCAGAGAAUGUUAACUGAGCUUCGGUCACUCGAGGUUGUCAAGCCUGAAAACAAUGUACCUGUCUGAUGCAAUCGAUGACAGACCAUUCUGUGGCUGGUUGACAAUUUUAUUCUACAAUGAAACCAAGAUAAAGGAAAUAAUACGGCUAAUUGAGUAGACUUAAGUGUCCCUGUGAAAUGUUUCAUCAGAGUUGCUGUUGGAGAUGUCAAGCAGGCAGGCACUGCCCUGCACUGGUAUUAGCUGCUAAAUGAGUAUCAUGGCCAGUGAGGCUAGUUAGCUUAGGGAUAAUGCAGGAGAUAGCAAGCUUGCAGAGUUGAGGCCUUUGAUUCUCAUUGUAUUGUUUUUGCAAGUGAAAUUUAGAAAAGUGUAGGAGUGUAGCGUUGUACAUUACAAUGUAUCAUUAUUGUAUCAUUAUGUUAAUAAAAAUUUACCAUUUUUGCUAGGA